UAUCUCCUUCUAUUCGACUUCUAGGGUUUCUGCAUCUGCCACACGACCACCAGCAGCCAUGGUUCUCAAGACGGAACUCUGUCGUUUCAGCGGAGCCAAGAUAUACCCGGGAAGAGGCAUUAGAUUUAUUCGCGCCGAUUCUCAGGUUUUCCUGUUUGCUAAUUCGAAAUGCAAGAGGUAUUUCCACAACCGAUUGAAGCCGUCGAAGCUUACCUGGACAGCCAUGUACAGGAAGCAGCAUAAGAAGGAUAUUGCCCAAGAGGCUGUGAAGAAGAGGCGACGUGCUACCAAGAAGCCUUAUUCGAGGUCCAUAGUUGGUGCCACCUUAGAGGUUAUCCAGAAGAAGAGAGCUGAGAAGCCGGAAGUCCGUGAUGCUGCCAGGGAAGCUGCUCUGCGUGAAAUCAAGGAAAGGAUCAAAAAAACAAAAGAUGAAAAGAAGGCAAAGAAGGCAGAAGUAAUGUCCAAGUCACAGAAGUCACAGGUUAAGGGUAGCAUUCCCAAGGGAGCUGGAAAGGGUCCUAAACUUGGAGGUGGUGGUGGAAAGCGUUGAGCCGCUGGACUAAACAGUUUCUAUAACCUUUCAGUUUUGAAUGUUUUGUAAGAGUUCAUUAGCCUUGUGGGGCCGAAUCAUUUAUUAUUUCUGUUUUUUAUCGCAUGUCCGGCACCUUGUUCUUGAAGAGAUAUCUGCUUAUCUUGCUGAAUUUGAGUAUUUCCGAGAGUAACUAUAAUUCUACAAUUUUUCUA